AUGUCUCACACCUCGUCUGACUCUUCUCUGCUGCAGAGACAUCGUCCUGUUAGCCUCCCCCCACAGCCCCAGUCACCCACCGACAGCCAAAUCCUCGCCCAGCGUCUCCAUCUCGAGACACACGAAUCGAGGCAUCUGCCCGAGACGUUCAUCCCCACCGGCAGGUCCAGGAGCAGAGCCAACUCUGGUUCCCACUCUGAUCUUCCAUCCCUCUACUCAUCUGCCCUUCCCUCCCCAUCCUUCCACCUCCAACAGCCCAUCGCCUCCACCUCCUCAGGCAUGGCAUACCUCAACCAGGACCCCACAUCCUCCAUGUCGAACGAUGUCGCUCACCCCAAGUUCGACACGGAGCGGUGCACAUCCGCCAACCUAGUCGCUGUUCGGGACGGGUCCAUUGGUCACGUGAUCCCCCGGGAGCGGUGGCAGCCCGACUGUUCCUCUGCCCUCUGCAGCCAGCCCUUCUGCAGCACCAUCUUCUCCCCUUCCGCAUCCUACUUCUCCCUCGGCCCCCGGCGGCACCACUGUCGCAAAUGCGGUCUCCUCUUCUGCUCCUCCCACUCCAACAACAAAGCUUUGCUUUACGACGCGGACCACAACCUCGUCAAGGAGCGCGUAUGCGACAUGUGCAUCCACAAAGACUCGGACGAGGCGUCUCUCGCACCCCGUUCUCGCCGGCAGUCCGUCUCCUCCUUGGAAUGUCGGACCGACUCGUCCCUGUCCGCGGAACACAUCGUGACACCCUCGGAACUCUCCCUCUCCCGCACAUCCACCCGCAUGUCUGCCACUACCCCACGCACCCCCGGCGGCUCCCUAGCUCCCGUUCAGGGCUGGAUGGACAAGGACGGCGUGCUCUCCCUCUACCCCCUCGCACUUCCCUCCGUCUCGCGCCAGUCAGCUGUACCUGCCGCACGGCCACUUUUCGCUCCAUCCCAGGCGGCCAUCAGAAUCGCAAAAGAGAAGGAGGAGUAUGUGGUCUACACUCUCAGGCAGAGGAGGCUAGGCAGGGAGCGCGAGGCCAGCUGGGAGAGCGAGCGGUCCAGGCGAGGCAGUAUGGAGAGUGUAGAGGAGGAGGCGGUCGAGGUGCCCAAGAGGUCAAACUCGAGGGAGAGGAUUGCGCAGUCAUCAUUUUGA